UAUAAAUACAGCUACAAGUCUACAACGAAGUUACACUCGGAAGUCCAAAGGAGAGCUUAGAACGACUUUGGUGAAGGUCUCAAGCAGCAAAUAUUCUUGUUAUAGAGGUUUAAAAGAUUGAUGGCCACGGGAAAUUUCUCAUUACUUGCUGCUGCUGCAAGAAGGCUUGAAGGUAAAGUGGCCCUAAUCACUGGUGGGGCGAGCGGCAUAGGAGAGUCCACUGCAAGACUCUUCUCAAAACAUGGAGCUAAAGUUGUGAUUGCAGAUGUGCAAGACGACUUGGCUGAAUCUGUUUGCAGAGAUCUAAGCCCUUCGUCCACUUCGUUUGUCCAUUGCGAUGUAACGAAAGAAGAAGACGUCGAAAACGCUGUCCAAACAGCCACAACCAAAUAUGGAAAGCUAGACAUCAUGUUCAACAAUGCAGGUAUAGUUGACAUGGUAAAACCCAACAUCCUUGACAAUGACAAGGUAGAAUUUGAGCAAGUGAUUAGGGUAAAUCUGGUUGGUGCGUUUUUGGGGAUCAAACAUGCAGCUCGCGUUAUGAUCCCAGCUGGAAAAGGUAGCAUAAUCAACACUGCUAGUGUUUGUUCUACCAUUGGGGGUGUCGCACCACAUGCAUACACAAGUUCAAAGCAUGGUUUAGUAGGGCUGGUGAGAAACACGGCCGUGGAGCUUGGACAACAUGGUAUUCGUGUGAAUUGUGUGUCACCGUAUAUAGUUGCCACGCCUUUAGCGAGGGAGCUCUUUAAGCUUGAUGAUGAGAAACUUCAUGGUGCUUAUUCCAACCUUAAAGGUGGGGUUCUUAAGGCAGAAGAUAUUGCUGAAGCUGCUCUUUACUUGGGUAGUGAUGAGUCAAAGUAUGUUAGUGGGCAUAAUCUUUUGGUAGAUGGAGGCUUCACUAUUGUGAACGCAGGGUUUUGCAUGUUUGAACAAGCUUGAGAAAAAUGUUCAAUGUAAUAAGUUGGCAAAAUAAAUAAAGGAGUGCCUAAACAUAUAUGCUUAAAAAGAUUUAAUAUUUUGCAAAUGUGGUUUAGGCCAAUUGGUCAGGAUAGUGAGCCCCCUCCCUAGAACUAAAGUUCAAAUCCUCAUUUUCGUUGUUUCAUGCAUAAUUUGCAGAUCAAAAUUGUAUGGCUAAUAUCA